UCCCCAGCGCUUAGAACAGUGCUUUGCACAUAGACGCAAGUGACAAAGUCGAGACGGUAAUCAAACUCGCUACACCCACCAGCCGCCAACUGGGCAACCUGAUGGACCCUCAAGGCCCCAGCACACCAGAAUCAGCUUUUCUCCAGGAUGCUGGGCAUUUUGAAGCGCCCAAUUGUGGUGACUGUGAAGAUCAACCUGAGCUUGGUAGCCCUGACAGUAAUGGGGCUGGUGAGCCGCUUAUGGAAACUGUCCUAUCCCCGGGCUGUUGUUUUUGAUGAAGUAUACUAUGGACAGUUCAUUUCGUUGUACAUGAAGCGGAUCUUCUUUUUGGAUGGGAGUGGCCCACCGUUUGGCCAUAUGCUGCUGGCUUUUGGAGGUUAUUUAGGAGGAUUUGAUGGUAACUUUGUGUGGAACAGAAUUGGAGCAGAGUACAGUCAGAAUGUGCCAGUGUGGUCCUUGCGUUUUCUGCCGGCCUUGGCGGGGGCCCUCUGCAUCCCGUUAGCCUACCAGAUUGUGUUAGAGCUCCACUUUUCUCACUGUGCCGCAUUUGGAGCAGCGGUGCUGAUUCUGUUCGAGAAUUCUCUGGUCACUCAGUCCAGGCUGAUGCUUUUGGAAUCAAUAUUAAUCUUUUUUAAUCUGCUGGCUGUGUUGUCCUACUUAAAGUUUUCCAAUUCCCGAAAGCACAGCUCAUUUUCUUCCACCUGGUGGUUUUGGCUAAUCCUGACGGGAGUUGCUUGUUCCUGUUCAGUUGGGGUAAAGUACAUGGGCCUUUUCACAUACAUGCUGCUGCUCACCAUUGCUGCAGUCCACACUUGGCACUUGAUUGGAGACCAAACCAUAUCAAAUGUUUCUCUGUUGUGCCACUUGCUAGCUAGGGGAGUGGCUCUAGUGAUUAUUCCAGUAAUCCUGUAUCUCUCUUUCUUCUACGUUCACUUGGUGCUAUUGAAUCGCUCUGGACCCCAUGAUCAGAUCAUGUCUAGUGCUUUCCAAGCCAGCUUAGAGGGAGGAUUAGCUCGGAUCACACAAGGCCAGCCGCUUGAGGUAGCCUAUGGCUCCCAGAUCACACUGAGAAAUGUCUUAAGCAAACCUAUGCCCUGUUGGCUUCAUUCUCACAAAAACACCUACCCCAUCAGAUAUGAGAAUGGCCGAGGGAGCUCCCACCAGCAACAGGUGACGUGUUAUCCCUUCAAAGAUGUCAAUAACUGGUGGAUUGUGAAGGAUCCUGGAACGCAUCAGUUAGUGGUGAAUAACCCACCGCGGCCUGUACAGCAUGGAGAUAUUGUGCAGCUGGUCCACGGAAUCACGACCCGCCUCCUCAACACGCAUGAUGUUGCGGCACCUCUAAGUCCCCACUCUCAAGAAAUCUCCUGUUACAUUGACUACAAUAUCUCCAUGCCAGCACAGAACCUCUGGAGAGUGGACAUCUUAAACCGGGAAUCAGACACAGAUGUGUGGAAGACCAUCUUGUCGGAGGUUCGGUUUGUCCACGUGAACACCUCAGCCAUACUGAAGCUCAGUGGAGCAUCUUUACCUGAUUGGGGUUACCGGCAACUUGAGAUAAUUGGGGAAAAGCUCUCCAGGGGCUACCACCAGAGCAUGGCAUGGAAUGUGGAGGAACACCGAUAUGGAAAAAGCCAAGAGCAGAAGGAGAGGGAGUUGGAGUUGCACUUACCCACCCAGAUUGAUAUCAGCCAAAACCUCAGUUUCAUGGCCAGAUUCACUGAACUGCAGUGGAAAAUGCUAACUUUAAAAGGUGAAAACACUGAACACAAGUACAGCUCUUCUCCCUUGGAGUGGAUCACGCUGGAUACAAACAUUGCUUAUUGGCUACAUCCCACUACAAGUGCUCAGAUCCAUCUCCUGGGGAAUGCACUGACCUGGGCUUCAGCCAACGUGGCCACACUGACCUACAUGCUUCUGUUCUUGUGGUAUCUGGUCAGACGGAGGAGAAACAUUUGUGACAUCCCUGAAGAUUCCUGGCGGCUGUGGGUGUUGGCCGGAUCUGUGUGCUGGGGUGGCUGGGCUGUGAAUUACCUCCCCUUCUUCAUGAUGGAGAAGACACUGUUCCUGUACCACUACUUGCCUGCUCUCACCUUCCAGAUCAUUCUGCUCCCCAUCGUGUUGCAGCAUGUGAGCGAUCACGUCUGCAGAUCCGGGCUCCAAAGGAAUAUGUUCAGCUCCUUGAUUGUGGUGUGGUUUUCAUCUGUGAACCUGGUGUAUCACACGUUCAGCCCACUCACCUACGGAGAGCAGCCUCUCUCCGCAAGUGAACUCAAGGCCCUGCGAUGGAAGGAAAGCUGGGACAUCCUGAUCCGCAAACACUGAAAAAGGCGGCGGGCUCAGAUGUGGACAGAUGGGUUGGGCAAGGAAGAGGUAGAGUUGGGCCGGGGUUAGGAGAAUGGAUGGUGAAGGUCAUUGGACUUGCUCCUGUCAGAGCAGUAGGGGAGGGGAAUUGGAUGCAAGUGCAGGGGAACUUACCCUGAGAGCUGUAGCUGAGGAAAUACUAAACUACGUCUUCUGGGUAACGGUUACUCUUUUCUCCCACUGCUGAAUUGCUUCUGCCUCCAAACCUGGUGUGGAACCCAGCAGCCAGCCCCACUGGCUUUAAACUGCAGAAAAUAACCUGAGGCCUAGGAGGUAAGAAGAUGGAGCUCUGUAAAGCCGCUGUGCUUUGGCCCUGCUUAAUGAAAGCUCAAAAAUGAGGGGAUUUUCACCCAUUUGACGUUAAGCAACUUCAUUUAAUUCCUCAGGGAUGGGCCAGACAAUAUUCCCCCAUUUCCAUUUUCCUAAAACUUGACUAAUUUUCUUUUUUGUUAACAAAAUAAUGAUUAAAAGGACAAAUUCA